GACGAGAAUGAAAAUUUCAAAAUGAGAUGCAAAAUAGAACCGAAUGGGUCGUGGCGUACUGAGGUUGCCGCAUGUAUCGUACCUGGGAAAACCGUGGUGCCAGUGAACCAGGAAAGGGAUGUUGGCGAUUAUACAUGGGAAUGCAAAACGAGCGGUAACGGUCAAGUUGUACUUCGGCAAAGAUUGAGCGAUAGAGCGUCAUGUAAUGGUCAUCCAUACGGUUCACAAUGGACAGAAAGAUCGUUCCAGUUCAGAUGUGGUGAAAGAGGUGUGACGGAAUUUAUCGGUUGUAUUACAUCAUCUGGAACGUUAAUUCCAAACGGUGAGGUGAAAUCGGUGAAUGGCUUCGAUAUGGAAUGUAGGAAGCAUGCGAAUGGUACCGUAGCAAUGGGAGUUCUUGGUAGAUCUCUUGAUGCGAAGUGUAAAGAUAACGAAGGACGUGAAAGGAAUCAAGGCGAGAAAUGGAUUGAAAACAAUUACUUCGAAAAAACCUGCAAGGAGCGUGGACGCGUGGAGAUUUCUGGAUGCCGAGUCGACGCUGUCAACUACUUGAUUCCAGUCAAUGGCGUGGCGUCCGCAGGAAACCUUGAAUAUCAGUAA